AUGCUACUCUGCUUUCAAACUUUACCCCCUGAGGUUUAUCAUAUAAUUCUACAGGCUCUAUGGCAAGAAAAUGAGCCCAGUGUCCGUGCCUUUGCUGGCGCCAGUCGAACUUGUCGUGCUCUGGCUUUACCUGUUCUCUACCAGACUCUCAAAUUCCCAGCGCCUGAAAGUGACAACCUGAGAAACCGUGUUGAAUCUAUUUCUCAGAUCCUUCAACAGAAUUCAGGCUUCCGAUACGUAAAUCAGCUUGUGGUGGGCCAGGAGCCGACGUUGAGAGAAGCAGCAAGUUGCGGCACAGAAGGCAUCGACCGAAACCGAACGGCCGUCUUAGAAAACAAUCUGCAUGGAUCUCUGGAUCGCUUCAACAGCCAAAAGAGUCUCUAUCGGUGGGCGAGGACGCACUAUCCACCGGAGGCAGAUUCCCCACGUCCUGACGUCUGGCAAGAUCUAGCCGAUUUGAUCCAACAACUGCCCAUGCUACUAGAUCUGAUUUUCCUAUGCCGUCAUCAAUUUCCUUCUUGUCUGUUGGAGGCCCUUCACCGCCAUCAUCCACAAUGCAAGCUUCAUAUCCACAAUUUCUUCUUACGGAGUUUGAAGAGCCCUGAGUUGAAUCCAUACGAGUUCCAAUUGGCCACUUCCCCAUGCCUUUUCAGCCUCAAGGGGGAGUACGAAGAUUCAUUUUGGCCAGGAUAUCCAGACCGACGUAUAAUACCACAACGAGAACCACUACCAGAUGGUGCUUACCUCAAUGAAGCUAUCAUGCACAUGGCGUCUGGAAUUGCUCCCAAUCUGAAAGAGGUCACUCUAUAUCGCCCGUCUGGUAGCGGAACGCCUUCAAAGUCUCCUCUGCCACCUUGGUGGGGAUUUCCUCAGAAGAAGGAACAAACCCCGGAGAGACACUCAAAGUGUGGCGCCUUAAGGUACCUUCAACUUGAUCAUACGUCUCUCAUAAAAAAAGACGAUAUUAAGCAUUGGGCGGCUUGCACGGACUUUUCAGCUCUAGAGGUUUUCAAGCUUAAAUCGACACUGAACACCGAUCUUCUACAAUAUCUGGAUGCGGAAGUUGAUUUUGCACGUUUGAAAUCAUUGGCCCUCAUUCCCAAUACAAUUGAGGACAAUGCCUACCAGCAAAUCGGCACUUUUCUCCAGAGACUGCGCCCAUUGUCCUCUUUGGAGUUAAAGGGUUGGAUGGUUAGCUCUGCAUUGGACAUCGUCACUGGCAUAUAUUCCCACGGAGCCAGCUUAAUCGAAUUGAAGCUGGCAGCAAGCAAGGAUAAUGACCCCGUCGGUUCUAUUAACAUGCAUGACCUAUCGGCAAUUGCGCGAAAUUGCACUCGGCUCAAAUAUCUAGAUCUGACUUUAGAUCGCACAGGAGGAGAUUCCGAGGUCGCUGUAUACAGGAUACUAGGGACACUGCCACAACUGAAAUGUGUCUCCUUGACGUUGCACGUCUCGAAGACCUGGGACUGUAUAGAGGGUCCCGGGGAAGCAGACGAUCUCGUCAACACCGAAUUUGAUAAUGAGUUCGACAACCAAGUGCAAUGGGCCGUUCGUCAAUCCGCCGGCGGUUCUGAAGCGUGCAAUGGUGCAAUUCGCGAGCGGCUUGUUAAUUGUGCGCUUGACUCGGCUCUUGGGCGUGCUAUCUUUGUGCGAUAUCAGCGGGCAAGCCGGAAGGCUCUAUCUCAUUAG